AUGGUUGCCAAUACACCCUCAAGCAAGCUUGACUACAAGACACUAUGUCUCUUUGAGGUUGAUGAGAAACUUGUUGUUGCGUUCUACAGGCUGAAGCUUCCCUCUCAAUGGAACAUUCAUAAUGACUUCCAAAUAUUUCUGCUGGAGUCCUAUCGGGGACUGAAAUACCCUCGACGCACUGAAGUCCCUCCUACUCCAGAUGAGGUCGAAGGAGAAUACAGUCACGUUCUUCGAGAAAUAGCUAAUAGCCGAUGGCAAUAUGCUAGGCAUUCGAAAAUGUUUGUAGAGUAUCGCAUUGUUUGGGAGGGCUAUCGUUCGGAAGACUCCUGGGAACCAUAUGAAAUUCUGCAAGGAAGAGCCGAUGAGGCCCUGAAAGUAUUUCAUCAAAAAUACCCGCAAAAACAUCGGAAAAUACGGGGAAACUUUAUGGAUCCUCAAAACACGGCGUGA